UAGGCCCAGCGCUGCCGCGGCGGCGGCUCCGGGCUCUGCAGCAUGUUCUGCCCUGUUUCUGCCCGUGUGCCCUGACCAUGAGCGCCAACUCCUCCCUGGGCCAUGGGAAGGAGCUGAACAACCUGACAGCCCCUGGGGCCAGCGGGGGCCCAGCAGGAAUGGCUGAACUGGCAGCCAUCGUGCUCAUCACAGUGUUUGUGUGCCUGGGCAACCUGGUAGUGGCUGCGACACUCUACAAGAAGUCCUACCUACUGACGCUCAGCAACAAGUUCGUCUUCAGCCUGACGCUCUCCAACUUCUUGCUGGCUGUGCUUGUGCUGCCAUUCGUAGUCACCAGCUCACUACGCCGGGCCUGGAUUUUUGGUGUCGUCUGGUGCAACUUCUCUGCGCUCCUCUACCUACUCAUCAGCUCGGCUAGCAUGCUCACCCUCGGGGUCAUCGCCGUUGACCGGUACUACGCGGUCCUGUAUCCCAUGGUAUACCCCAUGAAGGUGACAGGGAAUCGGGCCGUGAUGGUGGUGGUGUACAUCUGGCUGCAUUCGCUCGUGGGCUGCCUGCCGCCACUCUUUGGCUGGUCGUCGGUGGAGUUCGAUGAGUUCAAGUGGAUGUGUGUGGCGGCGUGGCACCGCGCGCCGGGCUACACGGCCUUCUGGCAGGUGUGGUGUGCGCUGCUGCCCUUUGCAACCAUGCUCGUGUGCUAUGGCGUCAUCUUCAGAGUGGCGCGGCUCAAGGCGCGCAAGGUACACUGCGGUACGGUGCUGGCAGUCGGCGAGGAUGUGCCACGAGGCCGCAAGAACUCGGGCACGUCCACUUCGUCCUCCUCCGGCGCGUCAGGCAGCCGGCGACACCCCCUGCAAGGCGCGGCCUAUUCGGCCAACCAGUGCAAAGCGCUCGUCACCAUCCUGGUGGUCAUUGGAGCCUUCCUGGGCACCUGGGGCCCCUACAUGCUGGUCAUCACAUCCGAGGCGCUCUGGGGCAAGAACUCCGUGUCGCCGGCCCUAGAGACCUGGGCCACGUGGUUGUCAUUCACCAGUGCCGUGUGCCACCCGCUCAUCUAUGGGCUCUGGAACAAGACGGUGCGCAAGGAGCUGCUUGGCCUGUGCUGCGGCUCCCGCUAUUCCCGCGACACCUUCGUGCAGAGCCAGCGCACCUCGCGCCUCUUCAGCAUCUCCAACCGGAUCACAGAUUUGGGCCUGUCCCCGCACCUCACCGCGCUCAUGGCAGGCGGACAACUCUUGGGGAACAGCAGCAGCAGCACCGGGGACACGGGCUUCAGCUACUCCCAGGACUCAGGAACCGAUGUGAUGCUAUUAGAGGAUCACCCGUCCGAGGAUGCAGCGCCUGCCCACUGCACUUACCCCCCCAGGAGGAGGAGCUCCGUGACCUUUGAGGAUGAAGUGGAGCAGGCCAAAGAAGCUUCCAGAAAUCCCAUCAAUGUGAAAGCCGACGUGCACAAGUCCCUGGACAGCUAUGCCGCCAGCCUGGCCAGGGCCAUAGAGGCAGAGGCCAAGAUGAACCUGUUCGGGGAGGACGCCCUGCCUGGGAUCCUGGUGGCUGUGCGGCCCAGCCUGGGGUCCGGCUUUGGGGGCCGUCGAGGCAGCAGGACGCCAGGCCCACGGCCUCAGCUGCAGAGCAUUGAGGAAGGGGACGUGUUAAUGGCACAGCAGGGCUGAGGGGUGAUGAACCAACACAGCUGUCAGAGGACACGGACACCCCCGCUCUCCCUUGCCAGGAACAUUAGUGUGGGGAGGCCCGGUCUGCUUCCCAGAUCCCUGAUGGAAGCAGAGAUGUGCAAAAUGGAGCAAAGUGGAAUGGCUUUUGGGGUGGCACUCUGCCAGGCCUUUCAUCUUCACCACACAAGGGUCUCACAUCCUUCAAACACCACUGACUGGACCGUAGGGAGUACUGGGGCCUCCUCCCUCCCUCUACCUCUUCUGUCUACUCAACAGGAGAGAAGCCACACAGAAGAAAGAGCAAAUGCAUGUCUCUUUGGGCCAGUGAGCCCAUCUUGCUGAGGGGUUGGGAGCUGCACUUUCUGGGGAGACAGGUUCCGAGGAGGGACCCCAGAUGGGAGAUCGACCUGAGACCUGAGUCUCCUGGGUUCAGCCUGCUCCCCAGGCCCCUGGAAGAGAGGGACAACCUUGGGAAAGCU